UAAUCCUAAUGGCCAGAACAUAACAUAUGAGGGAUCAGCAUACCCUGCAUCACCAACCAUCCAACUUACAAGAAACCAGAAAGACCAAGGCAUGAUUGGAAGCAUAGGUCGAGCCACAUAUCACCAACCUAUGCAACUGUGGGACAAAACCACUCGCAAGCUUACAGAUUUCACAACCCAUUUCUCUUUUGUCAUAGAUUCACAGAACAGAAGUGUUUAUGGAGAUGGGAUUGCAUUCUUCCUUGCCCCCAAUGGUUCAAAGCUUCCUAAUGCCACAAAAGGAGGUUCUAUGGGUCUGACACUUGAUAAUCAACCAUUGAACUCAACUGAUAAUCCAUUUGUUGCCGUGGAGUUUGAUAUCUAUAAGAAUUUAUGGGAUCCACCGCAUGAACAUGUUGGCAUCGACAUCAACUCUAUGAGAUCUGUUGCUAAUGUGACAUGGUUGGCUGAAAUCAAGGAAGGGAAAGUCAAUGAGGCUACGAUCAGUUACAAUUCUAGUACACUAAAUUUAAGUGUUGUGUUCACCGGUUUUGACAAUGAGAGUGGCACCAUCCUACAACAACAUCUAUCUGCUAUAGUUGAUUUGAGACUUUAUUUGCCAGAAUUGGUUACUUUUGGUUUCUCAGCUGCCACAGGAAAUGCAACUUCUAUACACAGCCUUUAUUCAUGGGAUUUUAACUCAAGUUUGGCAGCACAAGAAAACGUUGCAACAAGCACAGGAGUACCAGUUCCAAGGUCUCCAACCUCCCAUACAGCUCCAAGUCAGAAAAGCAAGACCAAGACAGGAUUGGCAGUGGGAUUGGGUAUCGGUGGAUUUGUUUUGAUUAGUGGGUUCGGUUUGGUUUCAAUUGGCUUAUGGAAGAAGUGGAAGAAAGGGAGUGAAGAGGAAGAUCAUGAUUUGGAAGAGUAUAUGGGAGAGGAUUUUGGGAGGGGGACAGGACCGAGGAAGUAUUCAUAUGCCGAAUUAUCACAAGCAGCUAAUAAUUUCAAAGAUGAGCAUAAGCUAGGACAAGGAGGAUUUGGAUGUGUUUAUAGGGGUUAUCUUAAAGACAUAAAGUCUUAUGUUGCUAUUAAAAGGGUGUCAGAAGAUUCUGAUCAAGGAAUAAAGGAGUUUGCAUCAGAAGUAAGAACUAUUAGCCAGUUAAGGCAUCGAAAUCUAGUGCAAUUGAUUGGUUGGUGUUAUGAAAGAAAAAAACUCUUGCUUGUGUAUGAGUACAUGCCAAAUGGAAGCUUAGAUGUUCAUCUUUUCAAGAAACAGAGCUUGUUGAAAUGGACAGUGAGAUACAACAUAGCUCGAGGCUUGGCCUCUGCAUUGCUGUAUUUGCACGAAGAAUGGGAACAAUGUGUUGUGCAUAGAGACAUAAAAUCAAGCAACAUCAUGCUGGAUUCAGAGUUUAACGCAAAACUUGGUGAUUUUGGCUUAGCAAGGUUUGUGGACCAUGCAAAAGGUGCACAAACUACUGCUUUAGCUGGGACUAUGGGCUACAUGGCCCCUGAAUGUGCUACCACAGGAAGGGCUGGUAAGGAAUCAGAUGUAUACAGUUUUGGAGUUGUUGCUUUAGAGAUAGCUUGUGGAAGAAAGCCCAUAAACCUUAAGGCUCAAGAAAAUGAAAUAAAUAUUGUGGAGUGGGUGUGGAGACUCUAUGGAAGAGGGACAAUUCUUGAAGCAGUAGAUCCAAGACUAGAUGGGGAUUUUGAGGAGGAGCAAAUCAAAUGCUUGAUGAUUGUUGGUCUUUGGUGUGCUCACCCUGACCAUAAUAAUAGGCCUUCAAUAAGGCAAGCAAUUCAAGUGCUUAAUUUUGAAGCUCCCUUACCUAAUCUUCCAUCAAGUUUGCCUGUCCCAACAUAUCUUUCGGGCCCCCUACACUCAUCCAUAGCCCCAUUCAACAUAAACGCUUCAGAGGAAGGCCAAAUCCAAAGAAUAAGUUACACUUCAAACACAAACUCUUCUGGGUUCACUACAACUUCUGACGAUGCUUCUCCCUCUCUGUCACUUUUGUACUCACGGUGAAAUUGGAGCAAAUAUAGUGGUUUAGUCUCUUAACUUUCUGGUUUAUUGGUGUAAUUUUGUUGAAUGAAUUGGGUUGAAGCACACGCAUUGCAAAUAUUUGAUUCUGGUGCUUGCAGGUAGAAUUAUGCAGUUGACAAUGACGUAUGAGCAAUUUAACCUAAAGUUUUGGUUUACUUGUAUAAUUUUGUUGAUUGAAUUACAUUGAAACACUCAACGCUACAUGAAAUAUUUGCACUGUGCAUAUUAAAGUUGCC